UCCUUAAAAUGAGGUUCGUUUGUAUGUUAGCCAUUUUUCUACGUUUUACAAGUGCCGAUACCACUUCAUCGUUAACAGAUGGAGAAAAUAAGACUUCAACAUCAUUGGAAGUCAAAGACCAUGAAUGGAACGACUUGAGCAUCCUACGACAGAUGGUGAACCAAGAGACGGUUAUCCGCCUCGCUUUGGUCAAGAACGUCCAUGCACUUGUUAGCGACGUUAGCCUAAUGAAGAAAAGUUUUGCGGCAAGUGAAACAACAAUAUCAGGAUUACAGCAGACGAUUGAAGCCUUGAGCACUCUGGUAUACUCUCUUCAAAAGGAAAACAGCGAACUUAAGAACAGUAGCAUAAUCAGCCAGACCAGAAUGAUGGAGUUUGAAACAAGAAUACAAACAUUAAAUGAAAGUGUUUCUUCUCUACAUGACAAGUUAGACAUCAAUCAGAUGGAAUCAGACGAAAAAAGACGGGAAAUGUUCAACAAAACCAACAGUGUCAUUGGCGAUAUGAAAAUAGUGCUAAGAUAUCUCUCGGUUACCUUGUUUGACUUCAAGGAACACACAGAUUUGGAAACUGAGUCGAGAGACAAAAAAUAUGAAAAUCUUGAACAUCAUUUCAAUACCUCAGUUGAUGAGUUAAAAACUGAAACCUUUAAAACCAAGAGCGGGUUAAGUAAUAUCACAGCACAAAUUCAAAGUGUAGAAGAUUCUCAAACGGAGAUGAAAAGAGAACUUACAGAAACCCUUAAUAGAACAGUCACCAAGUUUGAAACACAGUUUCAAACAUCAGAGUAUGAGCGUCUAAAACUUUCCUCCUCUGUGUCAUCUCUGGAAGUUGCCCAGAUGAACAUGUCAAAAUCAAGAUGUGAUGUAUCCAAAAGAAUAGGAUUUACUGCUACAGUAUCGUCUUCUAGCAGUACCUGGAACAGCGGUACUCUGGUAUUUCCUGUGGUCAUCACAAACGUCGCGAAUGGAUAUAACCCAAGUACCGGGGUAUUUACCGCUCCCACAGCGGGGGAAUAUGUCUUCUUUGUUAAUGUACAGAGUUACAGUACCAAUAGCAUUUAUACAGACGUCGUGCUGAAUGGAGCAACUAAGGUCCGAACAAUGGCGUAUAGUACUGGAAAUGGUGAUUAUUACGAUGCAGGACCUAACUUGGCGGUGUUGACUCUACAGAAAGGAGACAGAGUGUGGGUCAAACAUUACUCUGGUAAAGGUUAUAGUGACGGCAGUCAUAUAACCACGUUUUCCGGAUUUCUCCUUUGAAGUGAUCUUUCAAUAAUUGAGGUUGGAUAAAGAAUAGCCCCACUGAUUAUUCGGAUCUUCAACUAGUUUAUCAAUUACGUGGAAUAGUUCGUAUAAGCUUUAAUCUGGUGGUUAAAAACUACUUAAGGUGGAAUAACACAUCAUCACAAAAUGGUUGACCGCUGAUCUAUACGACAUUUCGUUUUAUUAAAAGGAUUCAUGGACUGAUACAUGUAGCUUACUCCAUAGCCAAGUGGAUAAAGUCUCGAGUUUUUGAUCCGUACAUUCCGAGUUCGAAUCCCGCAGGGGCUGUUGUUGUUACUUACUGGAAUAAUUAUUUAAGAUAUUCAAUUUUUAUCCCCAAACUGCAAAUUUUUCGCUUAUUUGACAUUUGUACAGUUUAUUUAUCAUUAUAUCUUUCAUUAUCAAAAAAUUUCCUAUUAAUUUAAGUGACUUUUUCAGGGUGUGUUAUUCCACCUUAAAUACAAACAUGGUUUGAUUUUAAAAACUACAUUUAUAAAGCAAACAUGACUUUGAAUACUUGUUGUUACUUGAUUAAAAACACAGUGUCACGUUUUUUAAAAUGAAAUAUAAUGUGUGUAUUAAUGAAAUACAGUUUUAGAACUAAUA